GCGCCUCCCGUGGCUCUCCCUCAGCUGACGGGCGACAACCUUCAUGGUGGCUCUGUUGUUUGUUGACACAGGUGUGAGGUAUACAGUGGUUGGCUGUGGCUUUUCCUUUCGGUUUCUCUCCAGAGGACGUGGAAGAGAGGCAUGGGCCACUCCUGAGCCACAAGAAUGCUCAAGGGAAGGGGAUGGUUCGGAGGAGGGCUCUGGAAGAACAAGAACCCGCACUCCCUUGAACACCUCAGCUUCUUCUUGGAGAAAAACAUGCUUUCCUUCUUUCUCCGGAUUAUGAAACAGAAAUGUGGGAGCUAUGUGUGUGUGCAGCUUCUGCAGACCCUCAAUAUCCUGUUUGAAAAUAUUAGAAAUGAGACCUCACUAUAUUACCUGCUCUCCAACAACCAUGUUAACUCCAUCAUUGUCCAUAAAUUUGACUUCAGUGAUGAGGAGGUGAUGGCAUAUUAUAUAUCCUUCCUCAAGACACUUUCUCUGAAGCUCAAUGCUCACACCAUACACUUUUUCUAUAAUGAACACACAAAUGACUUCCCUUUGUAUACAGAAGCUAUCAAGUUUUUCAACCACCCUGAAAGUAUGGUGCGAAUUGCUGUGCGCACACUAACUUUAAACGUUUAUCGUGUCAAUGAUCAGUCUAUGCUUCAGUUUAUAAGGGAUAGAACAGCAGCUCCGUACUUCUCCAAUCUUGUCUGGUUCAUAGGAAACCACAUACUAGAGUUAGAAAAUUGUGUCCGCAGUGAUGUUGACCACAACAGUCGAGGGCGUCUAGCUGACCUGGUAGCAGAACACCUAGACCACCUUCACUAUCUCAAUGAUAUCCUAAGACUGGAUAUUACAGCCUUAAAUGUUGUCUUAGCAGAUCACUUGCUAAAUCGACUACUUGUACCACUGCUAGUAUAUUCUCUUAAUCCAAGACAGGAAAAGGAUGACCGACCGAGAGUGAGCAGUGUUGUGUCGUUAUUCCUGCUGGCUCAGGUGUUCCUCAUAGUAUCACAUGCGCCACUGGUCAGAGCCUUGGCCAAGAUAAUAUUCCAUGCGGACAAUUCCAUAUUCUCUGAGGAUACCAUUGUCCUCCAGGAAUUGAACAUAGAAAGAGAAGCAGACAGGAGGUUACUCACUGAAAAUAUUUCCAAGGGCCAGCGGUUAGUUCGAAGAGGUUUCAUAGCACCAGAGGAACCUUUAGAAAAGUCCCUGCAAGCAAGAACGUCAAGUGGAAGUGGCAGCAGUUCUUCUCAUAGUCCUGGUGGCCGUAUAGAAGGAGCCUCAGGCAGUGAAGGAGGCUCUGCAGGAGAGGGACAGGAUGCUGUAGCUGCAGCUGCUGACCAAGAUGCUGAAGAAGCAGCACUCUGUAGAGAAUUAGGUGUAUCUUCACCUACAGCUGAGAUUAUGGCAUGUAUUGGGAUCUCUGAUCUUGAAGCAACACAUGUAAAUAUUACAGAUGAAGAGAAGGAGCAGCUAAGGGCAUCAGAUCAAGCUGGAGCCAGUGCAGGGGAAUCUCAGCCAAAAGAGCGACCUGUGACAUCACGACCUUUUCUCCAGUCCAUAUUUUCAUCUCUAGAUUGUUCUGGAGAUGAUUACUCGGCACUUUUUGGCCUGUCACUCCUCUAUGCACUUGGCCACAAUCCAGGCAUCAACCAAGAUCUGCUAGAUAUGUCUCUGGUCCCUGGAGAGGCACCUGAGCCCAAGUCAGUGUACAACACUCAGCUGGUGGACAAAAUGCUAGAGAUCAUCACACUCAGCUGCCAGUACAAUUCUCGUGUGCGAGUUGCCACCUUGGAGAUGUCUCUAUUGGUUUUAAAACAGUUAAUUGGAGUAGGAUCUAGCAAUCGGAGAAAACACAUUAGUUUCCUCCGUGACCAUCACUUAGCAACACUUGAGGGAGCAAGAGAAGAAGCCACACUUAUGCUGAGAAACUUUUAUAAGACUGAAGAGAUCUUCCUAGACAUGUUUGAAGAUGAGUGGCAUGAAAUGCAUAGAAAGCCCUUGAAUGUUGAGUACCUGUUGCAGGAUGCAUCUGUGCUUCUACCCCCUGCUGGAACACCUCUUACCGGUAUUGACUUCAACAAGAGACUACCCUGUGGGGAGGUUGAACGGGCGCGAAGAGCUAUGCGGGUCUUCUUUUUAGUACGUGAAAUGAGUCUUGCUGUACGUGAUGAGCCAGACACCCAUCUUCCACUAACAAAUCCUGCUGCUUGUGUGCAAGUGGCUGAUGUUCUGGACCUAAAUAACAGUGACCUUAUUGCAUGUGUGGUUAUUCCACGUGAUGGACAACGCUCAAGGCGAUUCCUAGUCAUAGAUGUCAUCCAGCUAAUCCUGGUAGAGCCUGACACCAGACGUUUAGGAUGGGGUGUUGCCAAAUUUGUCGGAUUUCUGCAAGAUCUAGAGGUAAUGGGAGACAAGGAUGACUCCAGAGUUCUUCACUUGACUAUCCAUCGGCCCUCAGCCUCCUCUGGGGCUACUGGACGACCCACAACACCUCUCCUGGCUGCUAAGUUUAUUUUUGAUGACCACAUAAGAUGUAUGGCAGCUAAACAAAGAUUGACCAAAGGGAGAAUAAAGGCACGUCAGAGAAAGUUGCACCAAAUAGCUCGUUUGCUAGAACUUCCUGGGCAUCUCCAGCCAUGCCCGUCACCUCCAGCACAUGCGCUGCAUACUAUGCGCCAAGAAGCACACAGACGAGGUGUAAGCCGUGCUAGUGGUGGGGAAGGACGUAGUCGCAGUCAGUCUCACCGCCCACUGUUCAAUGUUUCAAGAGUUCCUGGAUUUGCGCUGAAGCGUGAAGGUGGGGCUGGACUCCAACCAAGUCCAGAUGCUCAAGACCAGGUAGCAGUUUGUUCAGGUAGAUCGGAAUCGCAAAGCCCAAGUCGUCUUGGAAGGCAGAAAAGCAGACAUCCACAGGGAGCACGGGAAGGCAUCUCUCGUUCCACCUCCCGACCUCGUCCGCGAAGUGAAGAAAUUCCAAUGGAAGAUAUGAUGACGACUGGAGUACCCCAGGCCUCCCCCUCACUGCCCAAGGUGAAUAUAGAGAGGACUAGCUCUCCUCAAGACAGUAAUGGCAGCAGUAGCAGCAGCUCCAGUAGUACAGGAGAGAUGAUGGCGGAUAUGGGCAUUACAGGGAAUUUAGAGUUACCAACAAGGGCCAACAGUGUGACUCCAGGAGAGGACGAAGGGGUCUGGCCUUAUGUGUCAUUAGUUGGGAAUGUCGCACUCUCCCCUGGUCCCACUCGCAUCCUUCCGCCCCUGAGUCAAGUGCCGCCGCCUCUGCUUGUACCCGCUGCUCUUGACACGAGAGUCUUCCCUAAGGAGAGUGAUAACCAAAGUCAUGUUGGUCCCCCUUCACAGUUGGCACAGCCUCCUACACCAGAUGAGACUGAAACUUCCUUUACUGCCAAACCCCCUCUUGCUAGAACAACAGGAACAUAUGAUGUGUUUGAGCCACAUGUUAAUGGGAGUGUUGAGGAAGGUGACUGUGAAAGGAGGGAUGGUGCUAGGAACAGUGUGGGUUCAUCAGAUUUUAGCCCUAUACGCAGGGUUCGUGUCAAGGGCAAUGUAGAGACUGUUUAAGGGGAAAAAAAGUAAAUAUGUAAAAAAUCUCAUAAUGUCCUUAACUUCACAUCAUUAAAAAAACUCAGAUUAUAAAAUGCCACAUAAAAUAAAGUUGAUAUAUGGAGUUUACUUUAAUGAUUUGUUUACAGAUCAAUCCAUGCCUGUGAAUGAUCAGAUUGUAGUUGAUAAUUUCUCAUUUUAUAGAAAGCAGAUCUUGAAAUGAGUACAACAAGAGGAAGAUUUCAGAUAUAUAAAUCUAAAUUUUUGUAACAUCGCAAUGCAAGGCCAAUUUAGUUGUUCAAUUUAAGAAAAGGUAGUUCCCAUCAGUUUUAGUUGAGAUAAAGGAAGGGGCAUAUAAUAAAGAAAAUGGAUAGCUUGUUGAUAGAUUCAUUAAUCCUCAAGUAUGAAUAAACCAUGGAAAAGACUUCAUAAUUUAUGAGCAUUUUUGUGUAUAUCAAUAGUGAUGCAAGUACAAGAUAUUUCAUUGAUCCAGAUAUACUUUUCAUUUUAAAUUGUAAAGUAGCCUGGUGUUAACAUAUCACUAACCGUAGGCCAAUUUCUAAAUUGUUUUGAUUGAUUCUGAAUUGCCUUUGUUUCACAGAUGCAGAGAAAAUAAAAUGCAAGGAAAUUAAAAACUUUUUCAACAGAAAACAUUAUGUAGCAAAGGCAGAUAUAUGGUACUUAAAGAAUUGGAAAUUGCUGAUGAUGAAGUACUAAUCAGAGUAAACCCCUGUUGGUGAUGGUGUUUGUUGUUGGGGCUAUAUUGUGUGAGCAUUGGCUGUCAGUUCAAAUUUAGUAUGAAUAUAUUAUGAAAGAAGACUCCCUUUUGUAGACUACAAUUACAUUGGAUGUUACCCUUGUAACUGUGGAAUCAUAGAAUGCAACAAAUUAGCUAGCAAUAAUAUGGAAUUAGCAAAGGGAGGAAGACAGUUGUAUUUAUAAACAGAAAUUGAGGAUAUUGAUAUUUAAAGCAAAUCACAUUAUUUUGAUUCAGUUUUUUUAAUGUUGAACCAAAGUCUUGUGAUGCAGUGGCAAUUGAUACAAUACAAGUAGAUACCAUCCAGCUGUAAAGUAGGAAAGUGGCUUUUCAGGAUUACAAAAGAGAUAAAGCCACUGUACUGCCAUGAUUUUAUGCGUAUGAUUUUUAACUAUUUAUUUCCUGCCAUUCUCAAGUGGUUGACUACUUAUGGGAGUAAAAUUAAGUACAAUAUUAUUUUAUAUACAAAUAUAAAUAUAACUAAAAUAUUUAUCUAUUGUCAUUUAGUGCCCUAUUAUUUAUUAUUAUGAAAAUUGUUGCUUAUAGAAAAUAUAUAUAGAAGUGCUGUUUACUGUUUGAAAUUGAUAUUUUGAUCAUCAGAUUCAUAUGAGAAGUAAAGAUAUUGUGAUCAGUCUCUGUUUAUUGUUCAUGUUAAUACUUAUUAAAUAGGAGCCAUUGUUAUAUAUAAACUCCAGAUGAUCAUUCAGUGAAUGGAAGAUAAACAACCCUUUGACUGCAGAAGUACAGAAGCAGUAAAAUUUGGAACACCAUUUUGGCUGCCAGCGAGGAAAAGGAAUAAAUUGCAUGAUAAACAUAAUGUAUAUUAAAAUAUAUGCAUGCAACUAUAGUGAACAGUUAUUUCCAACUAAUUUUACUCUCCGUGACUCCUGCAGUAGAGAAAGGGUAUGUACUUGUGGUUAAAAAUUACACACAAAAUACAAAUUCUUCUCCAUAACGGGAGAAGUAUGGAAUGUUUUUAUCCAUAUUUUGUAUGAUUUUAGAAGUGGUUUAUAAGUAUUCAAUGUGAAAAAGUGGAAUUGAUUAGAAGAAAGAAAACCUUUUAUUGUUAUAUACUUUUUCAUAGUGAUCCACUACAGUUUUUUGCAGAAACAAAUUUAUCAACAUUUAUGGUGCAGGUCAGGCUUGUUGAACAUUUUUGAGUGAUUUUUGUGAAUUUGUUUUCCUUGGAUUUUGUUGACAUACGAGGUAUCUGCUGUGAAAGCUCAUCUGUGCUUAUGAGUGGAAAUGUGUUUUAGUUCGCCCUUUGCCCAUUUUUCUUUGGUUAAAAGAGAAACAUUUCUUAAAUAAUUUUUGUUAAAAUGAGAUGAAAAUUUGUGGCAUUCAAGUGUGCCAAAUAAAUUUUUGAAGUAAUGGUUGCCAGAAUAAUUAAUGUUUUUGUUUAUUAACAAGGAUAUAUGUGACCAUGCCUUAUGUAUAAGAAAAAUUAGUGUAUUUAAGUUCAUAUUUCUGAUUACUUGACAAAGAUAAAGUGUAUGAAUGUAUACAGGAUCUGUAUUUUAUAUAUUGUACACAAAAAUGUGGCAUAAAGCUUAAUGUUAAUAUAUUGUAGAUAAACAAAUUCUAAUUCCA